AUGGCGGCGCAUUCAGACCAACCGCAGGCGCCGGCAGAAGGCCGACAUUUGCAGCAGCAAGCAAGGCAGGAGGCCGCCCGCGAGCCCCAGGCCGAGGCGAUGGAGGUGCGGUGGUCGCAGCCGGCGCAGCCGCCCAUGGAGGGGUGUGCGGGGCAGGACGAGACGCAGGGGUUGGAAGUGCUGCGGCGGAUGCUGGAGCAGCUGAACAACAGCCGACACCCGCCUGAGGAGCCUCAGCCGCAGCCAGCCCCGCCAUCCACAGCCCAGGCGACGGACAUGAUCAGCCGCGAUGACAUAGUGGGGUGGAACUGGCGGCCGCCAGCGGCAGAGGCCGGCCGCGUGAAGGACGAGCCUGAUUUUGCAGCGGGCAGUCAGCAAGACGGCGCUCGCGACGCACAUGCGGGUGGAGGGUGGGGGGCGGCGUGUGGGGGCGUUUUGAAGGGCGCAACCACGCAACAGCAGCAGGGAGCUGUGGCGCGGUCGCUGUCACAGCAGCAGCAGCAGGAGCAGCAGCAGCAGCAGCAGCAGCAACAGCAGCAGCAGCAGCGGCGGCUGCAGGUAGUUCUGGACCCACGGGGACAGGACGCGGUGGGAGGCGCGGCGGCACCUGCAGCAGUGGCCGCAGGAAAGCCUGGCGGCGGCGACGGCGGCGCGCUCUCUGACGAUUCGCUCGACGACGUCCCUCUGGCGCAGCGGCUGCAGCGAAAGGUGGCGCAGGCUCCGCGAAAAAAGACAAACGCGCAGGCGCAGCGGCGGUCCAAGGCACUGGCGGCGGCGCUCGGCAUGAGCCGAGGCGCCAAGCGGCAGCCGGCUGCAAAGGCUCGGCUUCAGCAAAAGCAGACGCGCAAGCGCCCCUCGGCGACUCCUCGGCAGGCGGCGCGCGGCGCCGGCCCCGCCAGCGCGGCGGCUGGCAGCGCCCCCGCCGCAAAGGCAGCGGCGAAGGCGACGCUGCCGCGUGGGGCGAGGCGGCCGUCUUCUGCAGCGGUUGCCGCCGCAGAGGUGGUGCCGGCGAAGAUCGCACCGAUGCUGGUGUCGGCCCCUGGCCCAGCAAAAGUCAAGCUCUUGAAGCUGACAAUGACAAGGGCCAAGCCAGCGGCGGUGGCGGCGGCGGCGGCGGCGGCGGCAGCUGCGGCGGCGUCCGCAGCCAACCUCCUGCCGUCAACGCCACCCGCGGCGGCUGCGCCGCCGCCGUCGACGCUUGGGAUGGCGCAGGGGCGCGGAGCGGCGAGCGGGCACGGGGUGGCAGCAGCUGCGCCAGUCACUGCCCCAGCAUCGGCGCCACCUCGAGCAGAUGGACUGCGCGCUGUGCGCAACGGCGAUGCAGCUCAUGGCCACACGGCAGUGACGCGACAGCCAAGCGCGCUGCUGGGCUCGGCCCAGGCAAACCCUCACCUGCAGCGGUCAGCUUCGCUGCCGCAGCACCCCCAACAGCAGCAGCAGCAGCAGCAGCAAGAGUCGCCGUCGAAGCUGUCCAGGGGCGACAACCAGCGCGAUAGCGGCGCCCCGCGCGGCGCCCGCUGCAAAUUUGGCGAGCGCAGGGCCCCGGAGCAGCCAGCCCGCGCGCUUGGGGGCAGCGGCAGCCGCCGCGAGGCCGAGCCCGCCAAGCGGCUCGACCGCAGCCGCGAGCCUCGGGAGGGCCGCUCGCCGCGGCGCCGCAGCAGGAGCAGCGGCCGCAGGCAUCACACCGACGAGGAUCGCGGGCCCCGGACGCUCAUACCAUUCGACGAGGGACAGGAGCAGGAGCAGGGGCAGGGGCAGGGGCAGAAGCAGAAGCAGGAGCAGGAGCAGGCGGAAGAGCAGGAGCAGGAGCAGGUGGAGGAGCAGGAGCAGGCGGAGGAGCAGGAGCAGGCGCCGGAGCAGGAGCAGGCGCCGGAGCAGGAGCAGGAGCAGGGCCGGCAGGGACCGGGACAGGCACGCGCCACGAGGGGACGGCAGGCGCAGGGACACGAGUCGUGGCGGCGUGGCGUGGGAGCCUGA